AUGAACAACACCAAAAAGCGUCACGAUGGCGCAUUUCCGAUACCACAGCAGUCGCCAUUACCGCAAUCUCGUGAGCUUGGUCUUGCAACUCCCGAGGCUACAGCGACAACAUCGUCGCCAUUCUCCAGAUCUUGGCCACACUUGGUCGCCGGAGGUAUCGGAGGCAUGACAGCAGCUGUGUUAACAGCACCUCUCGAUGUUCUCAAAACCCGACUUCAGUCCGAUUUUUAUCAAGCCCAGCUCCGAGCAGCGCGAGAAGCAACAGGCCAAGCGCGCCUUGGCCCAUGGCAGUCAGCCACGUAUCACUUACAAGAAACAUUCCAGAUCUUGCGCGACGUGCAUAAGUUAGAAGGGUGGCGAGCGCUAUUCAAAGGUCUGGGGCCGAACCUGGUCGGAGUCGUGCCGGCGCGAAGCAUUAACUUUUAUGUGUACCCCACGAGCAAGAGGGCAUAUUCGCAAUGGUUAGAUGUAUCCCCGGAUAAUCCGAUUGUGCAUCUAGGCAGUGCGGUGACAGCAGGGAUCGCAACAGGGACUGCGACGAACCCUAUAUGGCUGGUGAAGACGCGAUUGCAGCUUGACAAGAAUAACGCCGAGCGCAAGGGUGACGUAGGUGCGCGCCGGUACCGCAACAGCUGGGACUGUAUCCGGCAAGUGGUGCGGGACGAGGGUCCGCGGGGCUUCUUUAAAGGUCUGAGCGCAAGUUAUCUUGGCAUCACUGAAAGCACGCUGCAGUGGAUGAUGUACGAAGAAAUUAAACGCAAGUUAAGAAUACGGGAGGAACAGAUCGUGCAAAGUGGCAAGGAAAAGACCUGGUGGGAUCGUACAGUUGACUGGACAGGAAAUUUCAUGGGUGCCGGUGCAGCUAAGGGUAUAGCGUCUAUAUUGACGUAUCCGCAUGAGGUCGCGCGGACUCGGCUCAGACAAGCACCGAUGUCAGAUGGUAGACCCAAGUAUACGGGGCUCGUACAAUGCUUCAAACUUGUCUGGAAGGAGGAGGGCGUCAUCGGGCUAUACGGAGGUCUAACGCCUCAUCUAAUGCGUACAAUCCCCUCGGCCGCAAUUAUGUUCGGCAUGUACGAAGUUAUCAUCAAGUUCCUCGGCGCGAAGAGCUAG